CGGACAGAACCAUGAACAUAUUCAUAUCGCAUCCUCGUGGUACCAUGGUUCAUCAGAAAACAGAAGCCAGAUAAGAGAAGAACAGAAGAGAGAGAGAAGAUGCUGCUGGCGAAGGGCUCCCUGGACCUGGUGCUGGUGCCGUGUGGCAUGGUCAUCAUGUUCGGCUACCACCUCAUCCUCCUCUACCGGAUUCUCCGGCGUCCCGGCACCACCGUCAUCGGCUACGAGAACCACAACAAGCUGGCGUGGGUUCGUCGCAUGACCCAGGCGACUCCAGAGGAGACGGCGCUGGCGCUGAGCGUAAUCUCCAGCAGCAUCGCCGCAUCGACGAACCUGGCCUCGUUGUCCAUUGCGCUGGGCUCGCUCAUCGGUGCGUGGGUCAGCAGCACGUCCAAGGUGUUCAUGACAGAGCUUGUCUACGGCGACAACAGCCAAGCCACGGCGGCGGUCAAGUACAUCUCCCUCCUCGUCUGCUUUCUGGUGUCCUUCACUUGCUUCAUCCACUCUGCAAGGCGAUUUCAGGUACUAUGUCCAGGCCAGCUUCCUGGUAACCACGCUGGACUCCGACAUUCCAGCGAGUUACAUGCAGCAUGCGGUGAUCCGAGGCGGCAACUUCUGGUCCAUGGGACUCCGAGCACUCUACUUCGCGACGACUCUGCUCAUGUGGAUCUUCGGGCCAAUACCAAUGUUUGUCUGCUCGGUGUUCAUGGUGUUCACCCUGCACAUGCUGGACAGGAACUCCCUGCCACUGCACCAGCACCAGUUUACAGUCAGGAAACGGCAUGACCAGAGAGCUGUGGCAACUACUGUAGCUACAAGGCACCCCAGUCCUCAAAAUGCAAUUUUCAGUAACCCUAUAUUAUCGCCUGUAACAUUUUACAAUUGAUCAUGUAAAUGUUCUGUUACAGAACUUGCCCACACGUGCAAAGUUUCAUUAAACAAUUUUCAUUCA